AGAAGCAGCUCUAAUGUCCAGAGUGGCGCAUGAGCUCAUAAUGGCUGCUCCAUUUACUCUCCACACUCAGUGCACUGCCAGCCCCUAUCUCAUCACUGUGCAGAAGGGAGUCCAUGAAAGGUGCUUUCUGAAGCCCAGCUCUGUCCAUUCGGGGAUGACAGGGCAGCCCCUGACUGGGUUAGAAGGGGAGGUUUCACUAUUGGUUUCUAGCUGGCUUCAGAAAUCUCUUCUCUUAUCGCUUGUGUAGCGAGGGGAGGGCCUGGCGUAGCUGGCUGUACAUGCGAAGGAGAAGCAGGGACUGCUUGCCAAGAUUCAGCAGUAAACCUCUCCAGCAGGGCUCCGGUGGGAGACUAAACAUGUGCAGCACUCGGGUCCUUCCUGGUAGCAGGCAAACCGUGAUGCUCUGCCUGAGGAUGAAAUCAGCCUUCAUCGGCGGAAUAGUUUAUGCAUGAAUCGAAACUUCAGAUCUGGCUGGGUGGGGGAACAAGCAGGAUCUGAGUUCUUUAAAAUGCUUUAGCCACCGAAGGAGGAGGGCCGGGGAGAGAGGAAAUAGCAACAAAAUCAGACUGGGGAAGCCGGGAGAGAUUUGAGAAGCUGGAUGUGUUGCUCUGUUAUUCCAAGGAGUCAAGUUGUGUAAGCCUCUCCUGGUGGAUUCUAAAAGGAGCCAGCCGCAGAGACGGCCGCAGUCUCCUGGAUUCGUGCAUGCUACAGCUUUAAGACUGUGCUCUGGAGAACUUGGGCUUUGCCAUCGUCUACAUGCGCUGGAGUAUUUCGGGGGGUUGUUGAAUUUGUGGGUCAUGUACCCCCCCUCUUUUUUUUUCUCACCCUUUCUGCCUCAGUCUUUCUUUUCAUUUCAAAGAGACAAAGCUACUUCAGUUUGGAGCACAAACAUAUGAUCAGCACAUGGAAAUGUGGUAAUUUGGAUGCAUUCAUGAUUGCAACAGAUUGAAGAAAUUAGACCAGACAAAGAGCUUUUUUUGGGAAGAGGAGGAGGAGGAGGAGGAGGAGGAGGCAAGGAAAGGAGGGAGGGAGGGAGAGUGGGUGAAAGAAGGGGACACCACCGAAAAAAGGGACGGCGUGACACGCGGAUGCUAAAUAUAUCCCGUAGUAAUGGAGAGGGACCGCAUUUCAGCUCUGAAGCGAUCUUUCGAGGUAGAGGAGGUAGACCAGUCUCCAAACACCUCCACGCCGCAAAGACGGACCCCGAACCCUCUCCUCAGGUCCACUGUAUCCAGCUCCACACAGAAAUUCCAGGAUCUUGGUGCCAGGAAUUCAGACACACCUGCCAGGCAUGCAGACUCUCCAGGCCAAAGGUCGCCUAAGUCGUCUCUGAGAAGGGUGGAGCUCUCUGGACCCAAACUCCCUGAGCCUGUGUCACGAAGAACAGAAAUCUCCAUUGAUAUCUCGUCCAAGCAAGUGGAGAACUCCACUCCAGGGUUAUCAAGGUUCGGCCUCAAGAGAGCAGAGGGGCUGGGGCACAAACCCCCUGAGCCCACUCCAAGAAGGACUGAGAUCACUAUAGGCAAGCCUCAGGAGCCCACUGUCCGGAGGAUGGAAGCUCCCACCUCAAAGAUCCCGGAGCUGCCCCAGCGCAGAGCUGACACAGCCAGUGCCUCUGUGCCAGAUGUUGCCACCAAACGGGUAGAAAUCCAGGUGGCAAAGUCUCCAGAGGUCCAAGUCCCACUUGCCAGGCAGAUGGAGAAUUUGGAGCCUUCCUUGACCAGUCAACAUCUCCAACCAGAAUCAAAGGCGCAACCAGUAAUGGCUGAAAUCCCGCCAAAGAGUCCAGAGGGUCCAGAGGCAGUUCCCAAUUACACGCCAAGCAUGACGGACGCCCCUAGAGAUGCUGGCCUCAAGCAGGCGGCACCGCCACGGCCUGAAAAGCCAGCUCCCGACUUCAGCUACGUCGGGAUUGACGCCAUCCUCGAGCAGAUGAGAAGGAAAGCCAUGAAGCAGGGAUUUGAGUUCAAUAUCAUGGUAGUUGGUCAGAGUGGCUUGGGGAAGUCCACGUUAAUCAACACCCUCUUCAAAUCCAAAGUCAGCCGGAAAUCCGUUCAGCCAGCUUCUGAAGAGCGGAUUCCCAAAACCAUUGAAAUAAAGUCGAUCACUCAUGAUAUUGAGGAGAAAGGUGUCCGUAUGAAGCUGACUGUCAUUGACACCCCAGGGUUUGGAGAUCACAUCAACAAUGAGAACUGCUGGCAGCCCAUCAUGAAGUUCAUCAAUGACCAGUACGAGAAGUACUUGCAGGAGGAGCUCAAUGUUAACCGGAAGAGGCGGAUCCCAGACACCAGGGUGCACUGCUGUAUAUACUUCAUCCCAGCCACCGGCCAUGCCCUUCGACCGCUAGACAUUGAAUUCAUGAGACGCCUGAGCAAAGUGGUUAACAUCGUGCCAGUCAUCGCCAAAGCCGACACGUUAACGCUGGAGGAGAGAGACUACUUCAAAAAAAGGAUCACGGCCGACCUGCUCUCUAAUGACAUCGACGUAUAUCCCCAGAAGGAGUUUGACGAAGACUCUGAGGACCGGCUUGUGAAUGAGAAAUUCAGAGAAAUGAUUCCGUUUGCAGUGGUGGGCAGUGACCAGGAAUACCAGGUUAAUGGGAGAAGAAUUCUUGGAAGGAAAACAAAGUGGGGCACCAUUGAAGUUGAGAACACGACACACUGUGAGUUUGCUUAUCUUCGGGAUCUCCUGAUCAGGACACACAUGCAGAACAUCAAGGACAUUACCAGCGGCUUCCACUUUGAAGCCUACAGAGUGAAGCGGCUGAACGAGGGCCAGAGCGUGCUCUCCAACGGCGUGGCUGACCAGGAGGCCAAUGAAAUGUAACCGUCUCUCUCCGUCGCCAGGAUCCAACGCGCUCGCGCUCUCAUUUCUUCCCCUCCCCCCUUUAUUUUUAUAUAAUUCUUCUGCCACCACCACCGUCCCCCUCCCGCGCGCUGCCGAUGUUAACUGACCCAAUAACCUGAUGCCGUAUCUAUCAUCAAGAGCGUGGUGACUGCCAGUCCCCUGGCGCGGCCUGCCCCGUAGCGCAGGGGUUCCGUUCUCAGCUCCCAUUGGGCGUAGUGAGGAGCGGCUGGGUGGUUGGACAGGAUGGCCGGGGAGGGAGUGAGGGGAAGGGAGGAGAUGACUGUCCCAAGUCAGAAGUCAGUCUCUAUUUAUUCUCUAACACUAGCCCAAAGCAUAAUCCCUGGGUAGAUGGAAGAGCCCCCUCCUCGCAAAGGCCUGCUCUAACUAACUCCACCUGGCUUCACCAGGAGCUGGAGCGGGCCCCGAGGGUUGCUUUAUAAUGAAAUCCAAGCCAUGAGAUAGGGGAGAAUCUCUCCCUUCUUGCUCACAGAAGCCAAUCAUGAAAUGAAUCUGAUUUCUUUCUCCUCCGUAUCUUGAAACGGCGCCAUGGAGUGGGGCCGGGGGCUCUCCUCCUUACUGCCACGCAUGAUGUCAGUAAAAAUAGUUGGAACCAGAUUGCAUUACCCUGUAUCACGUGGCUCUUUUAUUUUCUUCUCCGUCCAUUGAAGGCAAGGCUUUCUCUAACUAAACAUGGCCUUCGUAAGCGAGGUGUGGGCAUGUGGAUGGAAAGGGAAGGUGAUCACAAGCUUACCUCUGCUGCCUCUCUUCUGCCCCCAGCCCUGUGCCUAGCCAACCCACUCCCUGUCACCUGCAAUAAGCCAGGAAUGCCAUGGGGUGACUCAUGGAUCUCUAAAUCCCGGCCCACCCUGAGAGAAGUGCCUUUGAAUUCAGCUCCCAUGCAAUAGCUAGUUUCUCUGUGCAGCCUGCCAAAUGCCUAUUGAGAUUGAUUCUUCAGAGAUUCUUCUUCCCAGCUUUUCCCUGUCACUCAGUGCUUGACCAUACCUAUGGCUGGUUUCCUGGGAACACUUGUGUAUUUAUUUUUAAUUCAGUGUCUUUGUUGAAGGCUCAGAGCACGUUUGUGUGUGUGAAGGGGGCUGAGAACAGAACCAUCUCUGCAAAGCACGGGCAGGGGGCUGAAAUUCUUUGUAUUGUGUGACUUGUGUGUUUUAUUAGGUUUUAAAUAAGCCAGAGGAGGCUGUUGAAUCAAUUUGUUUUAUUCCUUUACCUGGGCAACUUAUAUGUACAUAGCCAGUUCCUUAAUCUGGCUAAUGCUUUCUCUUGAGAACCAUGUGCACGCAUACAGACCGAGCCCCGCAUGCCACACGCAUGUUAGAAGCCUUCAGCUGUAAGAAAGGCUAAGCUGGUAUCUCACGCAAGCUUUGUAGUAUAGGGUCCCUGAUCCCCAACAUGGUCUGUUGACUUAGAUCAGCUACCGUAAACGCCAAGUGUGUUCAAAUGAAACUCCAUGCUAGGGGUCAAUCCAGCAGGGACAGAACCACCCAUGUGCAAGUCGAUCUUGGAGCAGAGAUCCAACUGCCCAAGUUCGACUUCUGUCUAAAAACCCAGCCCCAAGACAGAUUUUGGUGUCUGCCCAACAUCACUUUUCUGACCCCCUAUGGAGGUGUAAGACUGUGCCCAGAUUGUCUCCUCUUGGUGCUCCCACAAAAUGGCAAAGGUGUCCCAACUUCCAGCCUCACAGAGACACCUGCAGAGCCCCCUGAGGGAUGAGACCAGUUACAUGUUUACAGGCGGUAAGAAGGUUUUGAAGAGAGAUGCUGCUCUCGUCUUGAUUCAGAGGCCCGCAUGCUCUUCUGCAUCAGUGGAGUAUCUGCAGACUGCUGCUCCCCAUAUAUCACUCUUCAGAGACCCAGCCGUAGAGUCUGCUCAGGGCUGCAUCCCUCCACGCCAUUUCCAGCUGUCUUACUGUCCAUGCCAGGCCGGUAACAGGAACCAAUUACAGGCUAGCAGGGCCCAAUUCUGCAUGAUAGCAGAGGGAAGUAGCAUCUUGCAAGAUUGCCCCCCUUCAUGCCUGCAUGGGCGGAUGUUCGAUACUGUGGGUGUGAUUAUGGGACACAUGAAUGUGUCUGUGCUGGUGUGUUUGCCUUGCAGGUAAAAUCUGUACUCCCCUUUAACUCUGUUUCACCCCCUUCCUGGAAAAAAGUAGGAAUUUUUACAGAGCUGUGUUAAGUUGAGGAAAAUGAAUUAUUUACUUGCUGACUUGCUAUAUUUUAGCAAAAACAAAAUAUUGUGUAUUAACUGAAAAGGGUAUGUAUUUCAAGUGUUAAAAAGACUAUUCAAGGGGAGGGUAGAAAGUCUUUUCUGCGUGAUGCACUUCUGCAAAUAUCACCAUCUUAAACUCCUUUCCUAGACAGUAUCUCAAGCUGGGCCAAGCAAAACAUGCCGCUUUCUUCUUUGUAAUCUAAUUUUUGAGAAAAAAAUGUUUAAAAAAAUUAAUCCAGAUCUAUUAAAUAUGGCCUUUUGGGUGUUAUAUGCAUUAUGACAAAUUUAGUCCUUUUUUUGUAUAAAUAAUAGUGUUUAAUAUGUAUUUCCCAAAAUAAAUGUUUCAAAUGCAAAUGGAAAGAGGCUUACUUGGAAA